GGAUGCGAGGGAACUGUUGUGUGGCCAGAUUGGAGCGGAAUCGAUUCGGGAGGUUUGAAGUUCGUGGCGAUGGCUCAGUUUGUGAAGUCCAUGGGCGUGGUGCUACUGUUGGUUGUCUCUUUGGCGGUGGUGGCUAGCGCUGCCCCUCCAAGACCUAGCGAUUGGAAGCUUUGUGAUUCCCAUGCUAAUUAUGACGUAGUGUUGAAAAAUGUCUCGGUUAGUCCUGACCCUGUUAUCAGUGGAGAAGAUGUUACUUUCAUCGUCCCUGCAUACACGAAGAAGGACAUAACCAAGGGAAGUGUGGUUGUGAGUGUCUCAUUUCAUGGCAUUACUGUUCACACGGAAAGGAGCGACAUCUGCAGCAAGGCGCGUUGCCCAAUUCCACCCGGAGAGUUCGUGUUGGAAAACACUGAAAUUCUUCCGGGCUUCACACCACCGGGGAGCUAUAAAAUAAAGCUUCAGUUUGUGGAUGAGAGUGAUAAACAAUUGGCGUGUGCUGACAUUAAUUUCAGCAUUGUCUGGAGCCAGACAAUUUCUGAAACACUUGAGAGCUUGAACCCGAUUAAAAUGCACAAGAAUCCAGUUAAAAUGCAGGCACCUGUGGCACAUACUUAGAUGCACCUUUGGAUAGGUUGUAGACGAUGUUCCUGCCACUGUUUGGCUAAACAUGUAAUUUGCAUUAGAAUGCAAUCCUUGUAGAAUCUGCUGGAGACAAACGUAAGAUUUGCCCAAAUGUAGUUCAGUGAAUAUUUGAAAACGUUCAUGUUCGAUCUUUGAUGAGGUCUAUAUUGACGAGAAUUGUUGUGCCUUGCGUAUCAUGCGGAACAUGAAAGCUUGUACUGCAAUGCAAUACAUCUGUUAUUUAUUACUAUGAUAGCAAAGUACAUUCCUUGAGCAA